CAUGUGCUUUGUCACCUGAGUUAUUUCAUGGAUCUUCCAAAUUAAUAGAUGAACUUUAUAGUUAGGCUCCCAGUCUGCAGUUUAUAGACUUGUCUAAGGAAUUUGAAAAUUUAACUGGGAAAUGGGAAAUGAAUUUGAUUUGGGGGAAAAUAUUUACUAAUCAAGGUCUGCAAUUGUCAGUUUUCUUUUGGGUUUUAAUUUGCAAAGCCAGAUGUCUCAGGUCCUAUUUUCUUGCAGAUAUGUUCCCAGCAUUGCAUUUUGAAGCUAAAAGAUUGUUUUGGGUGUGUUUCUUGCAGGUAGCUUAAAAAUGGAUGCUCCCAAAGAAGUUCAGACACCAGGAGAGUUCAGAUGUGAGCUGUGUGAAUUAUCAGCCCCGUACACAUAUUAUGGGCGGACAUCACCAAACUCACACUCGAUUGUGCUUUUGGAAGAAGCCUAUGUCAUGAGGGAUCCUUUCACCCCUGACAAGGACAAGUUCAUUAGGUCUUAUUGCAGUUUGUGUAGCAGAGCAGUGUGUGUUGGUUCAUAAUGUUAUUUCUUUGCAGUUCUCUCCAAAAGUUUCUGCCUCCCCUGUGUGAAGGAAAACCUAAAGGCCUUUCCUUUGGAAAUACAAGAAGACAUGGAUAAAAGGAAGCCCCAGCAGAAAUCCUGCAAAAAAACGGAUACAAAGCAUAAAUCUUGAAGGUCCAGGAGCGACAGUUCUUUGGCUGGGGUUUCUCCUCUCUCUGCUUGGAGACUAUCAUGUUGCUCCUUUUAAAGAAGUGACCUUCAUCAGCUCACUACUACCGGAGAGAGCAGCAGAUUUCCUUGCCCUUGGCUUGGCUUCAGACAUCCCCGUGCAGCGCCGGCCGCGCCAGGGAGCGGCUCCAAGGUGCUGAGGAGCCAGAAGAGAAGGCAGAUGAGCCUGCUGUCACCAUGUGAAAUGUAAGAAAGUAAGAAACCAAACAGCCCAGAGCAUAGGAACCGUGUCCAGAUUUCCACAUUUGCUAUUUUAGUGCUUUGUGUUGUUCUUGACACUCCCUACAGUGUUAUGAAAUUCCAAAACAGAUUGAUCUGGCUUAAUUCAGCAUAUACCCAAGAAAGUCAGUGUACACCAAUUGUUAAUCUGGCAGUGCUGUCCUGUAAGAUUACAUAAGGCAGGGAAUUUAAAGAUUUAUUUCUAAGUCUAAAAUAAAAGUGCUGUGAGAACAUGUCAUAAAAAUAAUACCUAAGUUUCUCAAUAUUGUAAUCUUAAUGCUAUCACAGCACUGAGACUUGAGACUUUGAAGGCUGGUGCUUCUGCAAUCAAUAAAAGUAUUUACAAGUCCCUUGCACUUGCAGCCACUUUUCACUUAACCUUCCAGUCUGUGUCAGCACAGCAGCUGGAGAGGACCCUGAAUACAUUUGAUUUAUGCUUUACAGUAAAGGUGACUUCUUUUUCACUUUCAAAGCAGUUUAUCUGGAAAUAGAAAAGUUCCAUUAAUACACUCAAUUCUUUCCUGAACCAGACAAAUAAACUGCAGCUGUAAUAGGGAUGUCAGAAACACAGUUUCAGGUAAAAAAGGUUAAAAGUUCUAUGGAAACAGCAGUUUGUUUAAUUCAAAAAUUAGCUUCUUCAGUUACCUGUUUUGACUGUCUUAAGAUUUAGGUGGCUUUUAUGUAAAACCCAAGUCACAUGCCUUAAGGAUACGUCUAGAAUGCUCCCUAAUCACAAAUUCACAUUUUUUUACUCAAGUUCCUGCUGGUUAUUGCUUCAGAACCUGUUAAUGCUUUGGUGAACAUCUCUUUUUUUCCAACACUUCCAUCCAUAUAAUUUGUAAUAGGACAACAUCAAAAAUCAAUCAUUUUAGUAGAAUGAACCUGUGUUUGUUAAAAGAAAUCAACAUUAUUUCAAUGAAUUGUUUAGGACAUUGAAGUAUCCUAAAAUCUUUCUUUUUUCUGAGCUUACUAUAUUGGUGCCCUCCGUUCAGGACUGAAAUUUCUGCAGUGACUGGAGGCAAUAAUGGACCUAUUAGACAAAAAAGACCUAAAAAUGGACCUAAAAUGGACCAAAAAUGGACCUAAAAGACAAAAGCAAUAAUGGACCUAUUAGUAGCCUUUUCAAGCCCUAAGUGCUUUAAUAAAUAAAGUAUAUAUAUGUCUUUAAAUGUGGAAAAAAAGAUCCACGUUAUGAGGCAACAUUUCAGAUUCCUUUUUGCAGUUACAAAAGAUUACACUUUCAGGGAAAGUGAUUCUAAACUUAUGUAAGAUGGAUGGUAUUAUAUUUCAGUUUCACAUUAGGAACACUGUUUAAAAGCUGUGGUGUGUCUGUGUCUGCUCCACAUAAACACCAGAGCCAUGUCCUGUGCUAAACCCGCAACUGAAGAGAGCACUUUCCCACCUUGGAAUUGUAGUCUUAUAAUCAGCAUGGUUAUGUGAGAUCACAGGAUAUGUUUACACCAGCAGACAUACCUUGAAAUAUGUUUUUUCCUGGAUUUCCCAUUGUUCAUGACAGGCUGUACUCUUAAAAGCAGGUUUUAAAAGCCUGCCUAGUGCAGUUCCGAUGUCAGUGAGAUCGGGAUCUCAUCUCUCUGACCUGUUUUCCCUCCUGCUCAGCUUCCUCUGUGCCCUUUUAAGACAAAAGCAGUUAUCUCAUUUAUUCAUAACCAUUAUCUUUGCCUUUACGAUAUGACUGAGGAGUCAUUUAGUGCCCUCAGAAAUUUCCAUGCCUUUAAGUACUUGUAACGUUGAACUGAAGGGGGAAAAGACUCAGUAUUAAAAGGGAGCAGAACCUCAGAGCAAAACUACCUAAUAUUUAAUUUGGCUUGGUACAGCUCAGUUAUUUAUUGUACAGCAGGAAAAACCAAGUCAGGGAUGCCUCUGCUUCAUAGUUAGCUGGCUGUGAAGACCUGAUAGGCAGAAAAGCCAGCAGGUACCACAGAGGGACAGCAGAUGUGUGCUGGCAUCUCUGGUCUAUGCUUUAGGGAAAGGAGACUGCCCCACGUGCCACUUGGUAUUUCCUGGAAUGACAAUGGAUUAUAAUCUGUGUCCAGAUGUUAGACCUUAGUUAUUCCACAUUCUUUUAUUCCCACUGAACAUGAGCAUUAUGGUCCCAGUAUCAUAAUAUUUUGGUAUAUAUGUGAUCUCACAGCCUGAAUGAUACCAUGGCCAGCCUUCCCUGCUCUUCAUGGAUGCACAGCCUUUACUGGUUGUUUUCAUUGGGGUCUUCAAGUACUUUCUGCUGCUCAACAUCAGGUCUUCCAUGCUCCUGAGCACAGCUGAUGAAGAAACCGGAGUCUUUUUCCUCUGCUGUAAUUUUCACUUCAGCACUCUGUUACCAGCUUAAAAUAUCCCCAGAUAUUAAAAUAUCCCCAGAUUCCGGAAGGAAAACAGCUACCUGUGACAUACUUCCCUGAUUUAAUUGAAGAUGUGCUCAUUGAAUCAGUCAGUGCUGCAUUUCACACAGAAGUGCACUUGUUGAAUUCCAUGGAUGUCUCAAACCAGCCAUACAACCCAUGAGAAUACGAAAGAUCACAGCUGGAUGGUGGGUCAGCACCAAACUUUGGUAAUAUAUGUAAACAAAUGUAUAGGCAAUGUCUCUGGGUGUGUUACACACCUAUUCCUGCUUCAAAAGGCAUCUAACAGUACACAGGGAAGCAUCAGUACUUGAAGGUGCUUCAAAUAGGCUGCCUUUUGAAUGUCACAUUGCAGUGAACUCCUUUCCUUGAGACAAAAGAUCAUCACAUGUCAUUAAAUUCACUUUUAAAAAUAUUUUAUUUUUUUAAAACCAUUAAGGCAAAACUGUGUUUCAAAUUAAGUUGGUUUACAUUCAGUCUGAAAGGAUUAAAGCACAUAGGUUCCUACAGUCUCUAUACAAACACUGUGAAUUCAACCUCUUGUUUUUAAAGAAGGCAGAAAAAUCAGAAUGUGAAAAAGAAAAAAAAAAUGUUAAGUUCAAGUUUUUUCAUCCUAGAUCAGUAGGCUGGUAACAUCUGAGAAUGUGUCAUCGUGUGUAGCUAGAUGUGACUUUAACAUUCACAAGUGCAAGAUUAGUUGUCCUUCCUAAAAAUCCCUGCAAGACCAGGGCAUCCAUUCAUCCUUGGAAGUGUCAUUUGCAUUGUUCUAACAGAAAGAAACUCGGGAACUUGGCUGGAAUUGGUGGUUUUUACUGGGAAACAAGCAUUCCAUGAGAAUUAGGUUUGACUACUCUUUGCAAGAAAUGUGCUCUUUCCAUGUUCUGCAUUUACUGAAGUAAAAUGUACCCAAAACAGCUGUCUGGAAACAAUAAGCUAUUUUGUUUUCUCUUUAAUAUUGACGUCUUGAUUUAAUGAAACACUUGUUGGCUCCAUUGAUUAGGGUUUGGCAACAUUAACAACACUGUCCUUUUUUUGUGUCCUAGCAGAUAACAGACCAUUUAAAACCUGAGGGAGGGCUUCAACAUCCCGGGGCACUUAAGCUGUGGUGCUGCAUUCCUAGAGAAAAUUCUGAGCAACUGUUUGUAAGAGCUGAGGAACAGCAGGAGCUGCUCAGCAGGCAGGGCCCCCGAGGAGCUGCUAAACCAGACUUGUCAAACCACUCAGAGGGGGUUCUGGAGCACACUGAUAGAGCUGAAACGUUGGUCAGGUUCGUUUCUACUAAAGAAGGAACUGAACCGUGCACGUUUCUGCCCCGCCGAAGGGCCAAGGCACUGUGAUUCCAUGGGGAGAGCUGCUGUGUGUGCGGGAAUGAGCCCUGGGAGCCCCUGCAUGGGCCGGGCUGAGCAGGGGGGCUGCUUGGGAGUGAGGGGCAGUGACCUGCUCGCAGCUCUGCAGCACGGCCCACGCAGGCUGCCUGGUGACACUGCACUCCUACACACCCACAGGUGAGUACAACGCAGGACUGCUGUGCCACCGGGAUUUCAGCGCCUCAGGACUGCCCCAUCCUGCCAAACUUUUUUUCUUUCAAGUGGAAAGAAUGCCGUGAAACUCCUGGCACUGAGCACAAGGCUGGUGUCUUUACCACAACAGGGAUCACCUGCAUGCCCAAUGCGAGAAAAUACACCAAAAUAUCACUACUACUUCAAGCAGUGGAACUACUUCAAGUACCUCAUGCUUGAUCUUGCAGUCCUUAUUUAAGGUCCAGCCUGUAAUCAGAUCAGUCUCUUGUGCGUGCUGCCUAUCCCCUGGCAGAGGCAGCUCCUCUGAAAUUGAGGUCCUUGCAACAGGAAUUCUGUUUCGAAACAUCCACAGCAAUGGAAUCCGACAAGAUUGACGCAAUAAAGGAGCUCAAGAAAAAAAACACAGCCCAGCUUCAGAAGAAGAAAAAGAUUAAAAAAAAACCAAACCUGUGAGCACAAUAGAAAAAAGAAAGGAGGAAACAGCCUUCCUUAGGGUGGGCUCAGUUACACAGCGGGUUUGUGUCAUAUGAAGGGACGGGGUAAAGGAAGUGGCUGCAGGUCAGCACAGAGAAGUCCAGCAGAGCUUUUGCAAACAUGACACAACCUCCCUGGGAGACAACAUACCUGUGUGGUGACACUGAUGAAGUGAAAAUGGCAAGCUGCAGCAAUUUGAGGAAAUAGUGUAUAUGUUACAAAUAAAAAGCAGCAAGUACAAAUGACAGCUAGAACAUUUGUAAAAGAUUGUGCUUGUGAUACCUACAGUGUUUGGUGAUUCACACAGCAAAAGAAAAGGUAGAUACCUUUGAAAGGUACCUUUUUUCCUAUAUCAGAUUUCCUUAGAAGGAUGCUGUGGGCACAGACUGUCGCACCUGCAUGCACCAGACUCAGCAUCCCUACGAGCAGACUCUGAAUUCUAUUUCAAAUCCCUCCUGUAGGGAAGCCAAUAAUGCCAUUUCAACGUUUUGUUUUGCACUGCCAAAUCAUGUUUGAAAUACAUCUAUAAAAGCAGCAGGUUGCCCUCAGGGCAGAUGGCAGGGAAUAAUCCUGAGUACACGUUGUUAUUCCCAGUGAGCCACAGGUCAGUUCCGCAGCAAACACCAGCACCGGUGCAUGAACAAAAUGCAGCUUCUUUUUAGUUCUUUUCAAAGGAAAAUGAGCUGCCAUGCUGCAAAACAAAGAUGAGCUCAGGUCUGCACACUAUUUUUCCUAUUGGUGAACUUGAGUUAAAAACUCGAUUUUGGGAUUGCAGCUAUUCCUCAACUAGACUUGCUUUUAUUAAAAUUAAAUAAAAGGAAGUCUGUGUUCUAUGUGAAAAUAUAUUUUAAAGUUUUGUUAUAAUCCUCAACACCAAACACUGAUAACUUUGAAGAAUUUGUGAUAGUUCUUCACAGAUGAUACAGCAAUAAAGACCAGACAGGAAUAAAUAGCAAAUUGUCUUUGACAUCAGCCCCUUCAUCCUUAACCCAUAAAAGGAAGUACUUCCUCACUGUACAAAGGGUUCACAAGAUAAAGUGUGUAACAAAUAUUUAAAUUAAAUAAUUUACAGAUUUUUCUUUAAGCACCUCUGUAAUUAAUUUAGUGAAAGUUUAUACCUUGCAUUUAUAUUCUUGUACUUUAUAAAUUGAAACAUGAAGAAAUGGUAUUACAUUAAAUUAAAAAAUCCCACAACACAUAACAAUAUCAAUAAUCUUAGAUCAAACCCACAUAUUAUUUAAAUCUCCAGUAAAAGAAGGAUAAUAAAGCUGAUUAAACCUAAAUACAAAAAUUAUAUGCAACUGAUUAUCAGGAAAGCACUUGGGACAUAAGCAAGCACAGAUACCACGCUCCACCUUACAUUCCAGCACUUCCUAAAGGACGAGGCAUUUCUGAGAGGGACCAUUAUUUGCAGACCUUAUGCUGAAACAGUACCAUGACAGCUGCAAGUGCAUUUGUCAAAUGCAGUUGCAGAUUUUCAGUAGAGUCACAGGGAGCUUUUUAGGAGAGACUGAAAGUGUUCCUCUGCAGCCACAGCAGGAUAUCCCCCAGCUGCUCUGCCUCAGAUGGGGCCCAAGUUUGUCCAGGCUUUCCGUCAGAAAUGAGGAAAUUCAAACUCAAUCGUAUGUGCCCCAGCUCUCGUGAUGAAUAAAUCUCCCCAAGUUUCAGCAGUUUGAAUAAACAAACAAAUGUUUAGAUGCUUAUUAUAAGCUCUUUGAUGUGCAGCCUUGUGCCAGCUCUCUCAUGAGAACGGGCUUAGGGCAACUGCUGGUAUUUCCGAGAUCCGCGCGGGGCAGGAAUAAUGCAAAACUCUGCUGGCUGGCAGCACUUCAGCUCUGCAGCAGCUGCUGGAACCAAAGCACAAAGGCACAUGGAAAUGGCAGUUAACACAAAAUGUGGUUUCUUUCAAUGCAAUGGAAGAUGUAGCUUCUGUAAGUGGAAACUUUCCUAUUAGAUGUCAGUUUGGGUUUAAAGCAAAAGUGGGAUCAGAAAUUUUGAAAGGUACAAAGUAACUAAUUUUUUUUAAACAGCAGCUUUAAAGGACAUAUUUAAGGAGGAGAGAAGAAUGAACCUCAGAUUUCCCUAAUACUUGGCACAAAACCUUCCUUUUCUUCCCCCCUUCCCCUUUGACAAAAAGUACCUAGGCCAGCAAAAUAUAUAAAUAAAUAAAUAUUUUCCCCCCAAACAAUGCUCAAAAAUGAGUAAUUUGUAGGUUUGCUGAAAACUUAAGUCAUACCAUUGUUUCCCAGGAUAUUUCUCUAUCCAUCUGCUGCCUCUUGCCUUAAGCUCUUUGUGGGGUCUGGUUGCAACCAAAGCUCUUCCAUGCUACGACAGUAAAAUGAGUUCUGUUGGCAAGAAUCAGAUCCAAACUGUACCUGAUGAGCCAGUAAAUCUUUAAUAUCAUCUUAAUCCUAAAAUCUGAUCACUUUGCUUCCCUCCACAGAUGAGGUAUUUUAAAGUAUGAGUUUAUCUGCACAUAGGGGAGAUGCUGAAGUAAUCAAUCAGAAAUAGAUCUGAGACUAGUUUGGAUUCCAAAUUAAAAAAAAAAAAA